UGGACAUGCUGCUUCAGCACUGAACCUCCAAACCAACUACUCUCUCCCUCUCCUUACAGUUUACCAUCAACGCCUUUCUCUUCUAUCAGCCAUGGGAGUUGCAUACAGCGUUGGAGAGGUUGAUCACCUCUACACCUUCUUUGUGCAGUGGUCACCAGAAAUCUAUACCAAGGGCAACAAGAAGCACCGGCAGCCCCGCUACCUCAUUAGAGAGAAACAUCAGAAACGCUAUCUGGUAGUGGAGAAGAACAAGGUGGCUGUGAUAAACAAGCUCCUCAGUAACCCUGUCAACUCCACUGUGAAAAACUGGGAGAUUAUCACAGUGAAGGACUCCAAGCGGCGUUUGAGUCUGUGCAGCUCGGAGGGCUCCGAGGCAGAGGAGCCCGAGGACCAGGAGGAAGUUGACCUCCCUGUCCUGGGUGACCACAGCCAGCUGCUGGAUGAACACCACCUGAAGAGACUUUCUACUCAGAUUCCAGCGAGGACCCAGGGGUAUAAAUGGCAACUGGUCUACAGCACAGCCAUCCACGGCAGCAGCCUGAAGACUUUGUACAGGAAUAUGGCUGAUCUGGACAGUCCUGUGCUGUUGGUCAUCAAAGACAUGCACAAAAAGGUGUUCGGGGCCUUUUCUUCCGAACCGUUCAGAGCCAGUAAAUACUGCUACGGUACCGGAGAAACCUUUCUAUUCAGCUUCAACCCUGACUUCCAGGCGUACAGGUGGAGUGGUGAGAACUCCUACUUUGUGAGCGGCAACCUGGAAUCUCUGGCGAUUGGAGGAGGAGGGGGCGGAUUUGGCCUGUGGCUGGAUGCUGAUCUAUAUCAUGGUUCAAGUUUUUCCUGUCCUACCUUCCACAAUGAGUCUCUCUCCUCACAAGAAGACUUCAUCGUACAAGACCUCGAAGUCUGGACUGUGCGGAACUGAGGGAGAACAUCUGACAAGAUGAGGUGAAAACAAAGUAGAACCCACUGGACUGUCAGGAGUUAUAAAACUUCUAGACUUCAAGGAUCAUGGGUGAUUUAGCCACACUGUACAAAACCUGAUAGGGCAGUUGCUAUCAUCUGUGCAUCUGGCUCAGAUUAGCCCACAGUAUGAAGCCUGCUCUAGUGGUUCUUGGGCUGGACUUUCUGUUUAUACUGGUUUGAUCUGCGCCUGCUAACAAGUGGCUGGAUGAAAUCCUGAAAUUCAGGGUCGGCUAUUCAUCAGUAGCCCCUUGCUAAGCACAGUAAGUAACUGGCACCUGAAGCUUUAAGCCCUCCAUGCCCUCCCUUGGCUGUGGACAUUAUAAUACAAAGCUCACAGUAGCACUGAUGGAUAAAAAAAUGUCUGUAACCACUGUAAGCACAUAUAGGAUUUAAGGAAAAUGUUUUUUUGUUUUUUUUUUCAUUUUCUGUCUAAAAACUGAGCAGGUUUGUGAAAAUUUAAAAUGUGUUUUUACAGUAUGUAUCUAUGUGUGCAUAAGUGUGCAUAUGUUCUAUUUGCUCUCAUGGCCCCAGGGUUUAUGAAACAUACUUGAUACAUAAAGGGCCAUACGUAUCUUUAAGACAAAAAAAGUUUAGUAAUUAAUUUAUGGUAUAAACACUGAAACAUGAUAGGGCCCACAAUGGCCUAUCUGGACUAAUUGUACAAAGUGUUUUCUUACAUGAGGUCUGAAUUUAAUGUUCUCCAUUUUAAAACUACAGCUGCAGAUGGUGACCUAUCUACUCAGGUUCAAGAAUAAAAGUAUAGGGUUACACUAUAAACAGUUAUUAUCUGUGAUGUGUGCUGUUUGUGGCGGAAGGGACCUCAACUGUCAUUUCUGUUUUUUGGAAAGUGACACACAUGCUGCCUAUUUGCCUAAAUGGAAAAUAUUUUAUUAAGAAACAGAAAACAUUUAGAAUCUUUCAAAUUUUUUAUUUUUGCUAUUUAUUUAAAUGUAUUUAAGAGGAAAAAAAAGCAAAAUUUCAUGUCCUGUUUGUCUGUUUGUUUCACAUUUCUUCAUGUUUGUGUGUAAAUCUGAGUCUGCCAGGCAGUGCUGGUACUGCCACUGUAAUUUUGUGGAACCACAUUAACACUUUUUCUUUCCUGGUGAAAGACAAUGUUUUCAUAGCAUUCAUAUUUCAUUAUGAAUAAAUCCUUAAAACAACA